AGCGCGUGCAAAGAGAGAGCGCAUUAAGAAGGCCGUCUCUGGUUGGACUGAUUCGUUCGUUUCGAGCGACUCUCUCUCUGUCUCCCUCUCGCUCUCUCCUUCGCUUUCGGUUUUUUUUCUACGUCGAGCGGGCGAGAGAAAACAAGAGCCGAGAACGAGGGGUAACAAGUAGUCUCCUCUCCUUUGGCCUCUUUGGCUUCGCCUUCGAUUCCUCCACCGUUUCUUUCUCCCCCUGCUUUAUUCCCCCACCCCGCUCUGCUCUAAGGAAUCCGCCUCUUUGCUUCUUUCCCCACCUCUCGCUCUCUCCCUCCCUUUCUCUCUCUAUAUCCCGUUUUCUUCUGUGGGAUUCGCAAUGGCGGUUCAAGCGCAGUAUCCUUCCAACGUUCUACUUCUCGGCACCAGAGGUGAGCAGGAGAGGAAGGAAAUGGAUUAUCCCCAGGACCAUCCCGGGUUCCUCGAUCAAUCCGCAGUGUUCUUCUCCGAUGGAGAGAAGAUUGGGUUGCUUGGUUUCGUGGGGCAGUGAAUGGGAAUCCCAGGAAGAGGGGAAGAGAGAUCGCUGCGGUUCCAAUGGCGGCCCCGUCGCAGCAGCAACACCCGAUGAGCCUCUUCUCGGUGCAAUCCCAGCCUUGUUCGACGCCUCUUCCUCCCCCGACCGUCAUAAGCCUCGCCCAGCUCCAGAGCCAGACACCACCCCUCGUCUCCACCGGCCUCCGGUUGGCCUUCGAAGACCAACAGCAGCAGCACCAGGAGCAGAACCAGAACCAAUACAAUCUCUUACUCUCCUCUUCUUCACCCUUCUCCUCCUUCCUCUCAGAAGAACUCGCUGCCGAAAUCAACCGACAGAAGGACGAAAUCGAGCAAUUCCUCCACGCCCAGGGAGAGCAACUGCGGCGGGCGUUGGCGGAGAGGCGGCAGAGGCACUACCGGGCGCUGCUGGGCGCCGCGGAGUCGUCGGCGGCGCGGAGGCUACGAGAGAAGGAGGCGGAGUUGGAGCGGGCAGCGCGGCGGAGAGCCGAGCUCGAGGACCGCCUUGCCCGCCUGAGGACCGAGUCGAUGGCGUGGCAGGCCAAGGCCAUGGCCGAGCAGGCCGCGGCCGCUACCCUCCACGCCCAGCUCCAGCAGGCCGCUGCCGCUGCCGCCGCGGCCCCGCCCCAGGGAAAGGCAGAGUGCGGUGGCGAGUCGCCGGCGGAAGACGCUGAGUCGGCCCACGUCGACCCGGACAGGGUCGAGCCAGAGCGGGCGUGCCGCGCGUGCCGGUACCGGCCGGUCUCUGUGGUGCUCCUCCCCUGCCGCCACCUCUGCCUCUGCUCCGCCUGCGACGCCGCCGCCGCCAGCGACGCCUGCCCCGUCUGCCGCUGUCCCCGCACCGGAAGCGUCCAAGUCUUCCUCUCUUGAGACACCACGAGUCCCGUCACCGGUCCUCCAUCACCAGCCGUCCAGGACGACUGAAAGAAAAAAGAAAAUAAAAAAAUUAGAACUAGUAGAGAGAAAAAAGCGAAGUGAAGAAGAAAAGAAUUCUCUUUACUGUUUUGAGAUUGAGAUGAGCAGUAAUCCAUCUCCUUUUUUUUUUUUCUGUUUUGGAAAGAUUAAAUUUAUAUAUUAAUUCUUUUAUUGGAUGUAAA